CUGAAGAGUCAACACUCGGGGUCGCCAAACAUAGGUUUGGAAGCUGUGGGACCGCUUGACAUCUGACGGAAGGGAUCAAUUAGGAAUUCACCCUCCUGCAAUAACCAUCAAGGACAACCAACGGUGGUAGUCAGCGGACCGUGUGAUCACACAGGGAGCUCAGUUUGACACACGGGGAUGGGCUACGUGGUAUGCCAGCACAGACACUCGCCUUUCGCGUCUGGCUCACCACUCGCACCGCUUUCGGGUGCCUCGCUUUGCCAUUUGCGGGCUCCGUGCCAAUGUCACGUCACCCUUUACAUAACGCGCGCGUGACUCUUGAGCUUACACAACCGAGUUACGAUCACAAUUCGCCUGCCCUGGGAAGCCGCGCUCGUAGCUUGCCACGGAAGGUACAAUUAAGACCGUCUGGCUCCGCCGUGGAAGAGUUCAAAGUGUCGACGGGGGAUCUUUGGGCCUCCCUCGAGUGGGAGUGGAUGGCCGAGGAGCUGACUGACCCUGCAGGUGGAAUUGAACAUUGCGGGAGCUGAUGGCUGUGGCAUUGGUACACGGCGCGAGCCGUGGCCUUGGUCUGGCUUUCUGCCGCCAUCUCCUCGCACGGCCUGGCUUUGGCUCCCAGGGAGAAGAAUCUCCAGUUGUCACUGUGAUCGCCACCUGCCGAGACCCUGAUGGUGCUCGUGAACUGCAGGCGCUUCAGCACCCAUCUAGCUCAUCUCGCAGCCGUCUGCAGAUGCUCAGGCUGGACGUGACUCAAGAGGAUGAGAUCCGACGGGCGGCAGAGAUGGUUGCCCAGCAGCACGGCCGCGUGGAUUUGCUCAUUAACGUGGCUGCAAUGCUUCACCCAGGCGGCAGAGGAGAAACGAGCCUGCGGGACGUGACAGCUGAGGGGCUGACAGCGACUCUGGCUGUGAACACAUUGGGACCCCUGCUCAUGGCCAAGCAUUUUGCUGGGCUCCUGCAAAAAGGGGGUGGGCACUUUGGGCAGCAGAUGGGCAAGGGCCACAGUGCUGUGCUUGUGAACAUUUCUGCCAGAGUGGGCUCCAUCGGAGACAACGCAUUGGGUGGCUGGUACAGCUACCGUUUGUCCAAGGCUGCACUUAACAUGGCCACGCGUAACCUCGGCGUGGAACUCAGCCGCGGGAAAGGACGUGUGGUCUGCAUCAGCGUCCACCCGGGCACAGUUGACACGGACCUGUCCCGGGCUUACCACCGCAACGUGCCACUGAACAAGCUGUUCACGCCUGAGAAAUCUGUGCAGCACAUCAUGAAUGUAGUGAACAAACUCGCUUUUGAGCAGACAGGCAAAUUCUACGCAUGGGAUGGCACUGAAAUUCCAUGGUGACAGAGAGGAAGAAGAUAUUGUCAGUUAUUACAUUCUUUGCUAAAUAAAUGUGGCUAUGGUGCUGGUCUGUCAGCCUGCUUAAUUGCUUUUCAGCUAUUCUAAUGAGUAUAUAUUAUUUAUAAUAAAGGAUUAUUUCGACCUUUUGUAUCAGACCACCAUGAAUAAUCUUUAGUAUGUGCUGAGUACAAUUCCAUUUUUAUUGAGCAAUCAAUUUGAAAUUUGACAUUAAGUAAUAAAGAACAGUUAUACAGGAUUUGGUAUAUUUCUGUAUCAUGACACUGACAUGGUCCUUUCACAGCAUUUUAUGAAAAGAAAACCACAUUUCAAGUGUCUAUUGAUUAAAGAUGUGUGUUUACUAAUACAUACUGAUGUGACUCCCAAAUGCCAGUGUUUUUGCUGAAAUAUGAGAACUGCAUAUAUUAAAUGUUUUUUUUUAUUUCGAAUGUGUAUGUUUUAUAGAUGUUUUGUCUUGAUUUUGACUCAACCCUCAUUCAUAUUACACAUAUGUCCAGUUGCAAUAUUGACCAAAUAGACAAACAUUUAUUAUUCUAUUUGAUGUAGUAGUGGAAAUGUUACCAUAGCUUUUUUGAGCUUUACGAACAUGGGCAAAAAUCUGAAGUGAUAAACUUCCUCUGCUUCGAAAAAUACCUCUUUAUUCAUGCACUAGGUAAUGAUUAGUCAUAUAUAUAUAUAUUAUGAAUUAACAUGCUUUUGUAAGCACUUAGAUGAUUUUGUUAAGAAUACACAAAUGUCAUUGGAUGGCCCUGCAUGACAACGUAUGCAAUUUGUUACAUGUGUAGUGACCUACUCAGAGACACUAGGAGUAGGAGGCACUCUAUUAUAGCCUUCACAAGGUACCAGGGUAACUACACUUUCAGCCAGGACAGCUAACAGACAGACUGCCUGACGAGAAGGUGAAAACGGUGAAGAAAACUCCAGUAGCCCAACGGGAUUCCACUCCAAGCAACAGCCCUGAGCCUUUGCUCGGGGUCCCCUUUUAUCCUCCUAGCGUGGCCUCGCUCUGCCCUACUGGCAGGUUGCCGGGCUUCCCUCACGUGACCCCUCUAUCACCUUUGCCUUACAUCCCUCUUCCUGGCUUAACACGUGACCUGCUGACAGACAGGGCUGCCGCAACUGCAGAUUCCCUUCUCUGCCAGCAACCAUCCCUAUGCUACGUAGCGACCCAUUCCAUGUCACUGCACAUGUAAACCAUGUACGUAUAUAGGUUAAUGUCCAAUGAAGACUUGGGUAAGGCCUCUGGGUCAACUACAUUAAAAUUCCAUUAGGUGUAAUUACAUGGACCAUUGUCUUGUAUGGAAGCAUUAAUUGCUGUAAAAGUUGUGAGUUUGAUGAAUUACACCUAAAUCUAAUUCACCAAAGCAGCAAUUUUAACUGAAUUAACUUUUUGAAGCUGGAGGGAUAAAGCAAAACAAUUUCAUCCCAUAGUAUGCAAAUUAUUUAACUUAUUAUUUGCUGAGGAAUUUUUUUUAUUUAACUGCUGAUGAGCCUGUAUGCCAAAACCGGUCCCGAGUCUUCUUGUACUAAACCAAUGCUGCCGAAAUCAUGCACCCUCGGA